UUUCCAAUAGGCGGGGGCCUAGGACCGGCCCCCUCCUGGCUCCGGGGCUAGAAAAAGAGCGUCGAUGCCGGCCGCCGGGAUGAGUCCCAGCAGGCGCUGGCUCCUAGGUGGCUUCGAGGAGAGGCGGCGGCUGCAGGUGACUUCUUGGCAGAUGUGUUGUUGUCGUUGAACCUUGGCCCAGUUGCAAGCUCUGGGAAAGCUCGGCCCAUCAGUAUGUCCAAGUACAGACUGAUUAUGCUGAGACACGGGGAGGGAGCUUGGAAUAAGGAGAAUCGCUUUUGCAGCUGGGUAGAUCAGAAGCUCAACAGCGAGGGCUUGGAGGAGGCCCGGAAUUGCGGGAAGCAGCUCAGAGCACUCAACAUGGAGUUUGAUCUCGUGUUCACGUCCAUCCUUAAUCGGUCCAUUCACACGGCCUGGCUGAUCCUGGAAGAGCUGGGGCAGGAGUGGGUGCCGGUGGAGAGCUCCUGGCGUCUGAACGAACGUCACUACGGAGCCCUGAUCGGUCUUAACAGGGAGAAGAUGGCUUUGAAUCACGGAGAAGAACAGGUGCGGAUCUGGAGGAGAAGUUACAACGUGACGCCGCCACCCAUUGAUGAGACCCAUCCCUACUACCACGAAAUCUACAACGACCGGAGGUACAAAGUGUGUGACGUACCUAUAGACCAACUGCCCCGAGCCGAGAGCUUAAAAGAUGUCCUGGAGAGACUCCUUCCCUAUUGGAACGAAAGAAUUGCUCCUGAGGUAUUGAGCGGCAAAAACGUUCUGAUAUCUGCGCACGGAAAUAGCAGCAGGGCACUCCUGAAACAUCUGGAAGGUAUCUCUGAUGAAGACAUUAUCAACAUCACCCUUCCCACUGGGGUCCCCAUUCUCUUGGAACUGGAUGAGAACCUGCACGCCGUUGGGCCUCACCAGUUCCUGGGUGACCAAGAGGCCAUCCAAGCAGCCAUUAAGAAAGUAGAAGAUCAAGGAAAAGUGAGACAAGCCAAAAAAUAAAUCUGUGUCCAGCACUGCUGGCAGGGAAGAACUGCAGAAGGAGCAGCUUCGAUGUGUGAUGGGUGCUGAUCAUGUUCUCCCCCCUUCCCCACCCUCCCCAGCCCCCAAUCCCAACCUCCCCGCUCUGCACCCCUGUUUAUCCAGGUUUUCCUGAAACUAGGCUCUGGGGGUGGAAUUUUCAUAGGUAGGUAAGGAACUUUAUGUUGCCCCAGAUAAAGGCAUUUGGGUACCCGAGGGCCUGUGCCAUAAGCCUUGCGAGUUAGCUCUCCUGCUAGUCUCUUUGAAUUAGUCACUAAACUAGUAGCCAGUACUUGUUGUCAUGGGUUUCCAGGAUGGAGGAGUGACCAGUGAAGUAUCAGGUCCCGGAGUCACCUCAGACAGGUACUGCUUACUGCCAUGAGCGGGUUCCCUUCUCUACGUACUGAGACUUUCCGGGAUGGUAGUAAGGGGUGUUAGGUAACACACUAUACUGAAGUAUUUAUUAUCAGUCUUUUUCUCUAGGAAAAGGGGCCACUUUGAUAGUUAACCGCCAGAGACCCAUUCAAUGGAGGAAGUCACAGACGUUUUCUUCCAGGGCAAUCAGCGAUGGGCAGGUUUCUUUAUUUAACACAGUUGGGGAGGAUUCCACUCUGACAGGGUAGAGAGAACUGUAACUGUUUGUAUUCUCUUUUUGUUUGUGUUUUGAACUUUAACCUUUCAGUACUUAAAAUUGGUUUAAAAAUAAAGUUCUGUGACUGCAAAUGCUA